AUGUCAGACGUCAUUGUGCCGUCCUUCUUCCCGACGCCGACCGAGAUCGCCGGUGGCAUCCGCUGGGUCAAGCAUCAUCCCGUCGUGGCCACAGCCGCAGCCGCAGCAGCCGCAGCCGUGAGUGUGAUCACGUACUUGAAAGCAGUCGCUGCCGACGACGAGCGGGACCUAAAAUUAGCAGUCCUGAGCCCACACAAGGGCGACGAGUCCGACGACCUUUGCAGCAGUACAGAGAGCGACGCGUCCACUCCGUCAAGAGGCCGCACAUUGAGUCCGCGUGAUCUCAGUUUCGGAGACUUAGAUGCCGAAGUGGAGAACGAGGAGGCGGAUGGAGAGACCGUGUCGCCACAGUGGGGAUGGUAUGUCUCCACGACGCCACCAGAAGACUAUUACCAGUGA